GACUAGCUGCUUCAAGAAGCAGUCAUUUAAGGUGUCAAGAAACUUUAUCUCUGCAUCCCAUCCUGACAUUAUAAACUCAUUAUUAUUGAGUCUUUUAUUUUUAUAGCUGCUCUAAUCUCCCUGAGCAUUUCACAGUCACUAUCUAUACUCAUUGAAAUUUGAAUGCGGAUUGGAUGCCUAUAGAGGUUAGGCACAUUUGAAAAUCUCACCCUAAAUCAUUAAAUUACAAGGGUUCCCCAAAACCAGGGAAAAAAGAUCUGUGAUAAAUCUACAUGUUCUUUUCAUCUGUGUAUAGGAAUUUGAGUUUAUAUAUAUUAAACAGAGGAAGAUAGAAAUAACUCACCCUCUUUUUAAUAUGAAAUGAUUUAAUAACCAGCAUUGAUGGUUAGAAAUGAGGAAAAAUACCAUUUUCCCCAAGAACUUUUUAAUUUAGCUAUAUUAGUUGCUGCAGAUUUCUCACUUUUGAUUGCUUGAUCCUACAGAUAUGAUAUAAACAUAGGGAAUGGUGCUUAAAAUAUGGCAGUUUCCCAAAACUUUGAUUAAAUAGAGAGGGGGGUGGGGGAGAUUAUGCUAUAGUAGGGAAACUCUCCCACCAAAAACCUGUUGUUAGUUUAAAAAAAGAAAAUCAGUGUAUUUUUGUCUUAAACUGAACUUUUGUCUUUUUCCCACUAAUACUUGGAAUGCAAGGGUAGAGAAAAUGCCCCUUUUCAUUUAUUUAUAUCUAGUUGUUAGUUAAUGUGUAAGUACAUUAACACAAUUGUAUUAGAUAUGUCAGUUGGGACGAUAGCUUUGAAAAGAACAUGCACUUUCAAAAAUAUAUGUUUAGUAUGAGAUUCUGAUCCACCUGGUGGAAAAUAUUUGAGGUUCUGUAAAUAUUAUAGCAAGAUAGAACAAUGACCUCAGAUUGUUUAAAAGACUGUGUGUCAUGCCAUGGCAGUCGUUUGCUGCUGUUUGAAUACUCUUACUGUUGUCCCUGGAUUUAAUUCCUGAUUCUAAUUUGUGUGUGAUGUUUGCUUAAAGGUUUUUUUUAAACAAGAAUUAUGACCACCUCAGUGGAAGAUCCUUUGGCUUUAGAACUCUUUUCCUCUGACGUGUCCAUCAUCGCCUAGAUAUAUUUAUGCUACAAUGCAAGAUACUUACAUUUUUCUCUGUCUUUUUUCCACUAAAUUGUGGGACUUCCAGUUGAAUGUCAUUUGGAUGAUGGGUAGGAAUGGUGCAUGGCAGAAUUUUUUAUUGUGUAUAUUUUGUAUUGGUGGUAGGAUAUCGUAGGAAUGGUAGUCUACAGUAAGAAAUCUUUAUAAUAAAGAAAUCCUCACUUAUGCUUGAGGAUUCUAGAAGGAAAACGCUAAGCAAAAGAUAUGUAUUCUGCUGUAUGUACUGGACCGAUGAGAGUGGUGGAAGCAACUCUCUGAAUGAAAUUUCCUGUCACUUUUUCACUGUAAUGAGUUGUAAUUGAUUAUAAUGCAUAUUCUGCCCUGCAGAGACCUCUGUUUGUAAAAUAUGUAGUCUCCUAUUUAGGUUUGCUUCUGAAAUUAAAGGUGGAAGAAAAUGUGUUUCUAUUUAAUAAAAAGUGAAUGAGGUGCCCUUAAAUCCCUGUAUAACAGGGAAAUAUGAAAAAACAAAAAUAACUGAUAAAAUAAGGAAUUCUGAAAUUUAAGUUAGAAAUGUCUUAGCUUGUUCAUGGUAACCUUAUACUGAAGCAAUCUAAGAGUAAUUCUUAAAGACUGAUAUGACUGACAUCUGUCAACAAAAUUAAAAGGCUAAAAACAUCUAGCAAUCUGAUCAUCUGAGAUAAUUCUGAAAAAUAAACACAGUAAAAAUCCUAUUUUGAUUUGAAGUUAAGCUGGUGUCUGUUCUGCUUAUUUUGUAGAUGAAGGGAUCCACAUCAUUGUUUGAAAGGAUACUGCUUCACUGUUCAUUUUUCUGUUGUCUUUUGCUUCCUGUCCAAGCUUAGAUGUCCUUUUCCUGUUUGGAUAUAGAGAAAUUACCUAUUACAAUAUGGACACCAGUAAAAAGACAGAACCCCCUGUGUCUGUAGAAAUGGUACAACAAAGGGCGAACCCUGAUCACACUCCAGGAUCAAUUUAUGUUCCAGAACAAGGCGGUUACAAAGAGAAAUUUGUAAACACAGUGGAGGACAAAUAUAAAUGUGAAAAGUGUCAUCUCAUAUUGUGCAAUCCUAAACAGACGGAAUGUGGCCACAGAUUCUGUGAAACCUGCAUUAAUGCAUUGUUAAGUUCUUCUAAUCCAAAAUGUACAGCGUGUCAAGAGAACAUAGUUAAAGAUAAGGUAUUUAAGGAUAACUGCUGUAGGAGAGAGCUUCUUGCCCUUCAGAUAUAUUGCAGAAAUGAAAACAAAGGCUGCAAUGAACUACUAACAUUGGCACAAUUACUGAUGCAUUUGAGAAAUGACUGUCAGUUCGAAGAACUUUCAUGCCACCGUGCUGAUUGCAGAGAGAAAAUAUUGCGGAAGGACUUGCCAGACCAUGUAGAAAAGACCUGUAAAUAUCGGGAAACUACAUGUAAAUACUGUAAAAGCCAAGUCCCAAUGAUUACAUUACAGAAACAUGAAGAUACAGACUGCCCCUCUGUCGCGGUUUCAUGUCCUCAUAAAUGCAGUGUUACAUCACUCUUGAGGAGUGAGUUGAAUGCACAUUUGUCAGAAUGUAUUAAUGCCCCAAGUACCUGUAGUUUUAAGCGUUAUGGCUGCACUUUUCAGGGAACAAAUCAGCAAAUUAAAGCACAUGAAGCCAGCUCAGCAGUGCAGCAUGUAAAUUUAUUGAAAGAAUGGAGUAAUUCUCUAGAAAAUAAGGUGGCCAUGCUCCAGAAUGAAAGUUUGGAAAAGAACAAGAGUAUACAAACUUUACAUAAUCAGAUUUGUAGCUUUGAAAUAGAAAUUGAAAGACAGAAGGAAAUGCUGCGGAAUAAUGAAUCUAAAAUACAUCAUUUACAGCGAGUGAUAGACAAUCAAGCAGAGAAAUUGAAAGAACUGGACAAAGAGAUCCGCCCAUUCCGACAGAAUUGGGAGGAGGCAGACAUCAUGAAGAGCAGUGUGGAGUCCCUUCAGAAUAGAGUCAGUGAACUGGAAAGCGUUGAUAAAACUGCAGGACAAGGAGCUCGAAAUACAGCCGUACUAGAGACACAGCUAAGUAGACACGAUCAAAUGCUGAGUGUUCAUGAUAUUCGGUUGGCUGACAUGGACCUCCGAUUCCAGGUGUUAGAAACUGCCAGUUACAAUGGAGUAUUAAUUUGGAAAAUUCGAGAUUAUAAACGUCGGAAACAAGAGGCAGUCAUGGGGAAGACUCUGUCAUUGUACAGCCAGCCUUUCUAUACUGGAUACUUUGGCUAUAAGAUGUGUGCCAGAGUUUACCUUAAUGGAGAUGGCAUGGGAAAAGGGACGCACUUGUCACUGUUUUUCGUCAUAAUGCGUGGAGAAUAUGAUGCCUUACUUCCUUGGCCAUUUAAACAGAAAGUGACUCUGAUGCUAAUGGAUCAGGGAGCUUCUCGACGUCACUUAGGAGAUGCUUUCAAGCCAGAUCCAAACAGCAGUAGUUUCAAGAAGCCUACUGGAGAAAUGAACAUUGCAUCUGGCUGCCCAGUCUUUGUGGCUCAAACAGUUCUAGAAAAUGGAACGUAUAUUAAAGAUGAUACUAUUUUUAUUAAAGUCAUAGUGGAUACUUCGGAUCUACCAGACCCCUGACAUAUAAAUGGGGAGGCAGUUAAACAGAAGACAACUCCAUUUGGGGGUUUUCUAUCAGUUUGUCUUCAAUCAGAGGUCCUAAAGCACAAAGGACCACCUUGUGGAACAGAAGGAAGAGUUUGAAGGCAUAACUUCAUCGGGUCCAAUGGCGAAAGUAGCAACACAUUAAGAAAUCAUACCAUGGUAUAUUUUCUAAUAGAACUAGUAACACUUAAACUCUGAAGAAUUAUUUAUCCCUCAUGAGGAUAAUGAUUACAGUCAGAGAGGCUUUUUUAUUUAACUUAUUAAUCUAGUCAAUUGGAGGUGAAAAGACAUGUAAAGUAUGUGCUGAAUAAAUUACCUGACUUUUCUUCAUUUAGACUAGAAUACAAAAAAGUUCACAUGUGGGUUAGCUGGAAACUGUCAGCAUGUUAAGUAAAAGAAGAAAUGAUGAAGUAAUGUUGCAACUAUGAUAUAAUUAUUUUGAAAAACUAAGUGCAAUCGUGUCUGAAAUAUAGUAUAUUGUCUUUUUAAGGCCUCAUCUGGUCUCUGUUUUAAUAAUUACUUUGUCAGAAGACCUUGAAAAAUAUCCAGGUCUUCUUGAAAGUAUCUAAAUCAGAAUCAUAUUUUUAUUUAAAGUUCUAUUAAUAAUUGUUACAGAAAACAUUUUAUUUUAAAGCCGUUGAUAGACUGAUAUUUCUUGGAAGAAAAAUAGAAGAUAUCAAACACUGGUUAUCACUUGUGAUAAAAAAAGAAAUUAUUCAACUAUUGAUGUUAUUUCUCUUUAGAAAUGUAAACCUACAAUAUAUGUCGUAGUUAAUGACACUAUUUCAAAAUUAAGGAAAAAUCACUCAUGGAUGCUGUGCAUCAUUAUCAGAUUUAUAAUUGUUUUAACCCUAAAAUAGGGCAUUUGUUGAACUUUGGAGUUCUAAACGGAAUCCUGUACGCUUUUAAAGUUCUGCCUCAUGCUUUCCAAUCAAGCUAUAUAUAUUGCUGACAGCAUAAAUGUGCAACACCUAAUAUUUUCAGUGUGGGGAAAGAGGAUUAGUGCUGAAAAACAGCCAGUCAUGAUCCUCUAAGUUCAUUCUAUACUAGCGAUCAUUGCAUCUUAUUAAGGGUAUAUGAUCAGAAAGCAAUGGAAAGAUGAUGGUGGCUUGCAUGCAUACAUGUGCCUUAAAUGUGAUGUGCUGCUUAUAAACCAUAGCUUGGUAUUUAGAUUAAUUAUAAUACCCGAAAUGGUAGUUUUAACUGGACUUGAGGCAAAAUGUGUAGCCUUGUCUUCAGAGCCCUUAGAUAAUUUGCAACAUGCAGAAUAGAAGCCAAAGUCCAGGUUUGGCUGCGAGAGCUUCUGUGGAAUCCAUCAUGUUCAAGUGCCAAAUUUGUAUGCACACUGCUCCUAUGGAGCUUGGACUUCGACAGUGCCCCUACGCUAACAUGAAGGAAGAUGUCGUGCUUCCUCCCAAUCCUGUGCAUGGAAGGUGGCAGCACUUUACAUUGACUAAUCUGAGAAUUCUGAGUGGCUAUUAAUGUAUACGCUCAAUGCCCGGAUUUCUUUGUUAUAACUGCCUGAACUUCAGCAGCAAGCAUUUCCCAGCCCUGAAACGUGCUGAUUGCAACCCACUGUGUUUAUCUACUUCUGCUUGUUAGUCUGGAAAUAGAAAGUCCAAUGGCAUAACUUAACUAUAUACCAGCCAUCUGGGUGCUACUUUAAAAUCUGAGUGCUGCUUAGAGCUAAUGGGAGAAGCUAAUUAGUACACCUUUGUGCACAUGAGAGGGAAUUGUGCCGGUCGUCUUGACAGUCAGGGUUGUACCCAUUCCGUUUUCCACUUUUGGGGGCGUAGCCACGAUAUUUACUUAGGGCUUAGUUGAAUUCAUGCCUUUAUAGUUCAGCUUGUCUCUGUUGCCAUUGUCUUUUAUGGCUGUGCCUUCACAAACUGUGCCUGCAAGAAGUACUUUCCUGUUACAAAUGUACAGUGCAUGCUAAGUUGUCUUCAUGGGUUUUCCAGGCACCUGCUAGAAUACUGCCUGCUUCUUGGCAUCCAAAACAUUCCACAACAAUCAGUCUUCCUGUUCUUGCCUUCCACUGUCUAGGUACUAUAUUCCUUUUAUGGUACAUAGGUGACAACAGGUGCAAGCUAUUGUGCUAAUGUUUCACUUUUGGCACAGAAGGAGGACUUCCUGCAGAAGAUCUAUAUGGCACUUGCAGUUUUAUGCAGGCAGCCUAAGUAAACCCAUCACUUAUGCUUUAGAGCAAAGGUUCACUCAACUUGCAUACCAUUCUAAUAGUCAUGAAUGUAGGCAGCUGAGCUUUUGUGUAUGUGCAUCACAGAAUUUUACUGAAAACAGGAUUCCCAAGUGGAAAUGUCCAAAGGGCUCUGCUCCCAUUGCUAAUAUAUGUAUUGUGAAAUUUAAAUGAAAAUGUAUGGUCACAUAAGAACAGUUUCUAUCCUGUUUGAAUCUGGGACUGAUUUAGGUGAGAGUUGUAUUAUAAUCAGGCCCCUGUGUGUUUUGCAAUUUUGUAGAUGCAGGCUACAGGUCUUGCAGCAGAAUUAUGCUCCUGAAUUCAAGCUCUUAAACAAAAAAUGAAACAGGAACAAGUGUAAAUUUAGUGUAGUCUUCUUGAGUCUGCAUACAGCUUAAUAAUAGUUCUGGGAUGUCUGAAUCACCAGUUCAUCUCAGUGUGAUGUUAACUCUGAAACCUCUUGAUGAAAAUUUAAAUGUCAACAAUAAUUGUUUGCUGGUUAUUUUACCAGAAACAUCAGCUAGUGUAUUGAAUCCAUAGUUCUCCAAACUUCAUUCCAUGCUCACUCAGAUGCCAGAAGUCCCAGCUGCCAAAACCUCCAACUUCAUUCUGACAGCUUCUGUAAUGCAGUAAUGUAUUGUCAAUACAAAAAUCUUUUGGCAUAUACAUUGAUUUUAAUAUCAAGAUAAUCAACAUGGAAGCUGUAUUUUCAUUUUUAAAAAUGAUGUGAAGCUGCCACAGAAUUUCCAGUUUGCUCCCCUUAAUUCUGCAGAAUCCAACAAUCUUAUGCAAAAUUUAACUAUAUCCUGCUGUGGAGUACAUCAUUAUAAUAUCCCUAUAUCUGCAGAAAUCACCAGAUAUCCCUGGACUUUGAGAUUUUUGCUGUAUAUGUAAGUGGGUUCCUUCAGCUUCCCAGCAAUGAAAGUAUGUAGCAGUUAGAGAAAUAAGGUCAUGAAAUGUCAUCCAAAUUUAGGGCAACGAUUCCUUGUGCUUUACUGCCCUGUGGGUCCAGUAAGGUUAUUAAACAUUUAUUUUUCCCCUGAACAUUCAGGUUUUUUUCCUCCCAGAUAUUUCAGAAGUUUUCUGGGGACUAUCUGUAAAAAUGACUCAUAGGGCUAUAUUCUGCCCUCGGAUCACACCCUUGAAGCCCCAUGAGCCUCAGUAGAGUUGCAUGAAUGCAGUGGAGGGCCCAUGGUAUUUGAGUUACAGUGCUAAUCAUUACCAUAAACAGAAUUUCUUCAUAAUGGAAUCUUGUCAUUGCUGUUUAGUAUUCAUUAGCCGUGCACAGCCAGAUGCUCUCGCUGUUUGUUCCACAGUAGUGACCUUCUAAGUGUAUGUAUAUGCAUCUCCCACUUCCAUUGGUACAUCUAGCAAAAAGAUUGAAAUCUACCCGAAGUUUUCUGUCUGUUGUACGCUAUACAUACAGUACAUUUGCAUUUGUUAUUAAAAAAAAGUCUCAAAUUCCAAACAGGAUGAAUCUAUUUCAGCGUUUAAAGACCAAUCUGUGAUCCUUAUACAUGACCGCGUUUGCAUUACUUCUCUGUUGAUCUUAGAGGGAUCUUGUUUAGCUAUUGUCUACAUGUACGCCUUCACAACUUAAGUCAACUGCUGACUUUUUAUAUGCAAUGUUGAUUUCAGCCUUUUACUGUAAAUUUGUUCUUCUCAAAGAGAAUGUGCAAUAGGAAAACAGAAAAGGGUAGCUCAACUUCAGUGAUAAUGAAAUGUAAUGGGUAACAUGCUAGUUAUCUUAAAAAAAUAAAGAUAAAAUGCAGUUUAAUUCCUCUUCCAAAUUGGUUUUCCUAUUUGGAAAAGGAAAGUUGAAGAUAUGAAAUGUGCCUGAUGAAUCUCUCAAAUGCAAGGUAAUGGAGAACUGUGUUAGUUGUAGUUUUAAAGUACUGAACCCAUGAAUGUUAGGGUACGAUUGUACUGCUCAAGUUGCUACCAACUUGCCCUGAUUAUGGCAUGUUGCGACUGAGUUUAAAACCCACCUAUUUGUUAACUGUAGUCCAUCAUGCUGAAUAGGCAUUUCACCAACAAUGCAGUUUCUAAUAACAUUGGUGCUCUGUGGUGCAAGACAGAAAAGCCUGUAGGCAAUGUAGAGAAGUAUUCUGCACCUCCUGACUAUAUCAAAUGUUACUGCAGUCUUGAUGCCUUGAUGUUUAACUAUGCAAAUAUAUUAAUAGGUGGAGGGAGAAAAAAAAUCUUAGCGAAUGAAUUUUAGUUACAAACCUAGUACCUUAGUUUUCACUGUUACAAUGUUAUAUAUAUAUUCUGGGUUUGUCAUCAGGCAAAGAAUUUUGACCAUAUAGAAGUUGUCAAAAUAAUCCCAGCCCCCAAAUCAGUCUUCGCUGACUGAUGCAAAUAUUUUUUGCUGCUGUUAAGGGAGACUCAUGUAUAGCAGCAAGCCCUGGAUUCCCACAUUCCAGGUAUGAAGACUCAGCACACUGCACACACAAUCUGCUUUGUCUCGUGGGAAGUGGGUAGCUUGCUGGAUCCUUCUGAAAACUUUAUAUGGAUGCUCCAUGGAGUGGCGUCUAUUCACACAUCCUUCCUUUCACUCAGCUAAUCAGGAGAUUCAGGGUUUUUUAAAAAAUAUAUAGUUGGUGCUGGGCAGCUCAGAAUGAAGAGGUGGGGCGAAAGAUUAUUGUUUUUUUAUUCGGGAAGGUAAGAAAAUGGAAAAACAGCUAGUCCUCUGCCCACCUCUUCCUGGGAUUCCUGUAGUUUACUUCAAUCAAUACCUCUCAACUUCUGUUGACCUAGAAAUCAUGGUAACUUCAAAAAAAAAAAAGUCUACCCUGGACUUUGGUCUAUUUGAUAGUGAUUCUUAGUGCUUACUGUAUAAUACGUAGUGCUUUUCAUUUACAAAGCAUUUUACAAACAAGAACUAAUCCUCACAAGACGCAUUCACAAUUUAUAGACAGGAAAACUGAGGUAGAGAGGUUAAAUGACUUUGCCCAGAGCCACAAAAGGAGCCUGUAUUGGAGCCAAGGUUAGAUUAGAGGUUCCUGUCUCCUAGUACUAUGUUCAGAGCACUGGACCUCACCUUUUCAUGUGCUUAUCCCUUAAAGGAACAGAAAAACAAAUGAAGUAACAUAUUUUAAAGACCCACAGUCAAGACUGUAAGGGCUAGAAUUAAACAUACGAGCUGUCAUGAUUUAGGGGCAUGCAUGUGACAGCCCACAUGUCACCAAACACGGUCCUUUUCAGUUGUUCAUUUUAUGGUGCCCUCAUUUUGGGGAAUAGAUUUUAAGGGCUCAAGUAGGCAGGGGGACCAAAAACAGUUUAAGUGGAUUUAUUUUGGUUCUGUCAACCUUUACUGUGACCCUUUCUUAAUCAAUUUAGCUGAGCAACAAAAUUGAGGGUUUAACUGUACUUCCUGCCUUUUAAUCUGAGUCUUCAAGACAGUGCCAAAUGGGGGAAGGUCGAGGAGAAAUUUUAGGUGCAAAUUCAGAGGCAUCCCUUAAAUUUUGGAAGAGUUGAGAGAGACAGCACACAAGGGAUCUGUUUAAUCCUAUUUCUCAUCUAAUUUAGUAGCAAGAUUGUAGCUUUUGUCUUCCAUUUCAUGAUCUUAGUGUCUAUAUUAGGCCACAUUUUCUCCAAGUUAGGAUUAGUUCCUUAGGGUUCAAAUAACAUCUAAAUGUCACAGAGAUACGCCUGAUCCAAUAUUCCAGGAUUUAUGUAAAUUCAGAUCUGGAUCCCAACUCUGUGGUUUUGGUUCAUCAACCCACUUAAGCAAGGGUUUGUUGUUCGUGGUGUUUUUUUACCUUUUGGUCCUUUGGAACUAAACUGUUAAUUUGGUUGCCAGUUCCACCAGGACUUUUUAACUUCUUAGCAAUGCCAGUGUCCACUCGCACCAUUGCUAUCAGUGGGAUGCGCAGUGAGAAAAUUUGACUCUGUCUAAGGGUUACUGAGAUAAACCAGCAUUGCCAUACGUAAAGGUCAUUCUCCUGCAUAGAGUGUUCUGAGCUUUAAAUUCAGUUGUAGCUCAUUUUUGAAAGAACACAUUUUCCAACUAUGACCUGUCUCACUGGCAGCGAGUUGUAUAAUCUGCACUUGUGGAAUGGAAAAGUUCAGGCUUCCAUCAUUGCUGAUGCACCAUAUGAUCCACACAUUUAUUUUCCUUGUAGCUGUUGUGUUAGGGGUUAUAUAACUUUUCAGUUUUAUAGGGGAAUAAAGGGGGAAAUUCAGGAUUUCUUAUGAGAUAUAAAGCUCCAAUAAUUUAGUGGUGACUAGGGGAUGUUAAUAUCCCCUUCAGAAGCGAUGGGCUGUAAGUAGGUCCGUUCUUCUCAGGCAAGUAGGAUAACCUUUAAAACACACAAAACAACAUACAAAUUGGAAAAGCUAAAAGCUGACAUUUCCAAGAAAUUCUCUUAAGAAAUAUCUGUGGAAAAUACAUGAGUAAUCAAGAAGUGUACAAAUUAAUGUUUAUAAAACUUGUGUAACUUACAUUUUAUCUCAUACUCUUCAGUGAAUGGUACACCUGUUAUGUUCAGUUUUACGAUCCAAAAACAAAGACCAAAGAAGGCCAACCUCAUUUGAUUGUGUAUAUUCUGCCUGUCUUAAUUAUCAAUAGCUGUAAGGAUACAGUGCAAGUGAUCUGGUAACCAGUGGUAUUCGUACUUUUUUUUUUUAAGGGGGUGGGGAGAGACAGACUUUAAAAAUGUCUAAUUUAUUGCUCAGCAAUAACCAUGUUGUUAAUAAUAAUAAUAAUGAAGCAACAUGUCUUAAUUUUCCAAUAGCAUUAUUAUAUGUUGUACUUCAGUUUGUUGUAUACUGUGUUUUUUGGUAUUUAUUUGUGUUUGGAGGUCUUGCUAUGUCUUUUGUGUUUUAAUGCUAAUACAAGGACAGUGUGUAUAAGAGUGUAGAAUGCAAAACUAUGAAAUGCUAAACUGUCUGUUAUUAAAGGAAAAAUAAAUCUAAGUAGGAAAUCAUA